UAGAACCAUGGUAGACUACUACAAAGUUCUGGACGUUUCCAGAACGGCCUCAGAUGCCGAAAUCAAAAAAGCAUACAAAAAACUAGCCCUACGAUGGCAUCCGGACAAAAAUCCCGACAACCCGGAGGAAUCAAACAAGCGGUUCAAAGAAAUAUCGGAAGCAUACGAAGUACUCUCGGAUGCGUACAAACGAAAUAUCUACGACAACCGGAGCUCGCGGAAGUUUGCCGCCGGAGGAACCACCGGUACCGGUGGUUACGGUAGUGCGGGAAGCUUCGGCACCCGGCGCAACAACUACUCUUCGUCCGCCUUUAGCAACCAAGACUAUGGUCGCGGUGGGCGAAAUUACGACCAUCAUCAUCACCGCUUCGGUUCUGCUGGCACGGGUGGUCGGGACCAUUGCGGUAGUCGUACGUUUUCGUUUCGAGGAUUGUUUGAGACGACACCAUUUUUCCGCUUCUUUGAAAAGAAACGGCGCGUAUAUGAUCAGUAUGGCAAGGAGGGACUGAUGAACAACGGCGGAUCAGAUCGUUACCAUCAGAGCACACGCCACCGGCGACACAAUGGCAAUGGUGUCGGCAUGGAAGACUUUGAGUUCUUCGGCUUCCCGUUCACAUUCCGCGAUCCGGAGGUGGUGUUCCGAGAGUUCUUCGGUGGAUCCCCGUUCGAUGAGCUGUUCAGAAUCAGCCAACCCGUACAUCACAAUGGGCGGCGAGCAAACGGUGCCAGCAAUGGCCACCAUCAUCACCAACAGCGCCAUUCGCACCCGCAAAACAUCAUCUCGUCCCCGUUCAUGACCCCGUUCAUGAGCAUCAAUCUGAUGGACGAUUUCUUCAACGCCGCCGACCCGAUGGCGCACCGGAGUGGGGUCAGCUCGAUCUCGGAGUUCAGCAUGGGCGGCGGUGGUGGCCCCGUAAAGCGUACGUCUACAUCCACCACCUUCGUCAAUGGCAAGAAGCUGAUGACCAAAAGGGUGUUUGAGAACGGCACGGAGACGAUCAUGUCCUACGAGAACGAUGUCCUAAAAUCAAAGACUGUCAAUGGGGUCGCUCAAGCUAUACCGUACGGCCAUUAGGAAUGCGAACAAGGAGAAAGACACUCUGAGA